ACCUGUAGUCGGUGCAUGCGGGGGACGAGCGGCACUACGGGGACGAAUACGGACCAAACACUUCAGGAAACAAGUAUACAAGUGAUACAAUGAUUAUGAAGAUUAUCCAAAAUAUCUGUUACUAACGAUAUGUUUCAGAGAAGACGAGUCCAAAAUAUUCGAUGUGUGUAUUGGAAGAAAGUUGCGACCUUGGUCAUUUGUGUGACGAUAUUCUUCGGAUGCCGUUUUCUGCUGCUCAGUAAACGCGAGGUAAACAAUCGUCUGCCCCAAGACUUCAAGGAGUUACGGCACAGAAUUCCAGAACAGGGAAACCCAGCUGCUGCCGUCGGCAAAUCGACAGGUAUUCCGGAAUUUCUUUCACACCAUGCAAGAAUUCAUGGUCAGAGUUACGCACAGGUCAAGUUUGGUGAUUCGUGUUAUGAGAUGGACAAUAGAACGUUCUCCUAUUCAAAGCCACACAGCGACGAUAAACUAACACUCAGGGGUUGUAGGAAGCGAUUCCCCGAUGCCCUCAUUAUCGGGUCUAAACAAUGUAGCACUGUCAACUUAGGUCAUUUUCUGAGUUUUCAUCCGUCCAUUGCACUUAAACACAACAGAAGCAGCGAAGUUCAUUUCUUCGAUUUGCACCAAGAUGAAGGAUUCGCGUGGUACCGGGAUCAGCUGCUCUAUGCAACAAAACAACAGGUCGUCAUGGAGAACACACCGCAGUACCUGACAUGGCCUCAUGACUGCGCUAAGAAAGUCCACGAUUACAUCUCAUCGAAGACGAAACUUGUUGUUAUUCUGUGUGAUCCAGUGAAGCGGGCAAUCGCCGACUAUGUCGCUUCUAUCGCACCAAGACCGCGCGCUGACAUCAACAAACGGAGACAUUACAAAAUCGGGAACACAUUUGAACAGUCUGUCAUCGAUAACGAAUAUUCUGUUAAUUCCAUCAACUAUUACAACGAACUUAUAGACGCUGGUGUAUACAUCAAACACAUACUGCCAUGGUUAGAAUAUUUUCCCGGAAACCAAAUGUACAUCGCCGAUGCUGGAGAGUUGGCAAGCGACCCAUACGCAGAACUCCAUCGACUGGAAGCGUUUCUUGGUCUUCCCGAAUUCUUUUUCAGGGGACACUUUUAUUUCGACGAAGUGAAGCGAUUAUAUUGCAUGGCAUUUCCAUAUAAACAUUGCACCAAUGACGGGGUAGACCCUCUAAACUAUCCGGAUGUAGAUGAUGCGAUUCUUGAUAAAUUGUAUGAAUAUUAUCAUCCAUAUGACGCUCUAUUGUCGGAUAUGUUCAACCGAACAUUUUCCUGGAUGGGAAUAUAUGAAGAGUUGGCACUGUAA